AUGAGAGUCCUUAAUAAUAUGUGCUUUGCUGCUAUAUUGAUUUUGUGGUUGCCAUUGGUCUCAUCAAAGACCAAAAAUGUUUCUCCAACCAGUUUCAAAGUCAACUUCAACGUUAGAAGGGGUUCUGCUAGGGAUCUUUUAUCCCCAAGUGAAGAUUCGAAACCUAAAUUUGUCAAACGUGAUAAUGAUGGGUCUUCAGAGAUGGAAUUAGUUAACGAGAAAACUUUUUACCUUGCUAAUUUGUACAUUGGAUCAAAUGAAGACAAGAACCAAGUACUUGUUGAUACUGGAAGCUCAGAUCUCUGGGUCAUGUCUCAUGACCUUGAGUGUUACGGGUAUGGUUACCGCAAAAAGAAACGGGAUGCUAAAAAUGUGGUAAGCUUUGGUAAUGGACCCAAAUUUAUCGAAGAGAAUGAAGUCAACGAUAGACCAACAAAGUCGAGAAACACCAACAAAGUUCCCGUGAACAAAGCAGAAGGGAGUGCAUACAACAGCUUUACGUACCUCACUGAUAGCCCGGAGGCUAGUGAAGAUCCAGAGCCUUCGUAUGACACAUACAGCUACUACAGUUAUGAAUCCUACUACGGAGGAUCAAACACGUGCACAUCAUAUGGUACAUUCAAUACCGAGAAUUCCGAUUCAUUUGUCCAAAAUGACACUGAUCCGUUUAUGAUUAGUUAUGCUGAUAAUUCUUUUGCAAUUGGAAUCUGGGGUCACGAUACUGUUAGAAUUGGUGAUUUGUUAGUUGAAGAUUUGAGUUUUGCUGUUGCUAAUGAGUCAUCUAGUGACAUUGGUGUCUUGGGUAUCGGGUUGCCAGGAUUGGAAGUAACAAAUGACGCGAGUGGCUACACGUAUGAGAAUUUACCUUUGAGGAUGAAGUCCGAUGGUGUUAUCAACAAAGCAUUGUACUCGUUGUAUUUGGAUAAAGCUGAUGCCGAAGCGGGCUCCAUAUUGUUUGGUGCUGUUGAUCAUGCCAAGUACAUUGGAACUUUAGAAACAUUGAAGUUGAGAAACACAUAUGAAGAGUACGACUACCCAGUCAAAUUUGACGUUCCGGUUGACAAGAUUGCCGUCAACAAGGACGGAAAGACGUCCACUGUUUUGUCAUCUACUGACGGAGCUGUGUUGGACUCAGGAUCAACCUUGUCUUAUUUACGUUCUGACCAAAUUGAAGGGAUUGCUGACGCUCUUGAUGGUGUUUACUCCUACAUUGCUGACGCUUACGUUAUUGACUGUGAUUAUCAAAAUGAUACUACAUCGACUUUGCAAAUUAGUUUUGGCAAGAAAAUCAUAAAUGUUCCUUUGUCAGACUUGGUUCUCGAGUCCACUUACGGCACAACUUGCUAUUUGGGACUUUUUGAACAAUCAUCUAACUCCUCAUACAUCUUAUUUGGUGACAAUGUGUUGAGAAAUGCUUAUGUUGUGUACGACUUGGAAGACAAUGAGGUUCAUAUUGGUCAAGCUUACUAUACUGAUGAUGAAGAUAUCGAAAUUGUUGAGAAUACUGUUCCAACUGGUGGAGGACAAGAUAGUACUUCUACCAAACCACAAUCGUCAAGUGAAACCGAUUCUUCAAGAGGAAGUAGCAAUGGAUCCGGAUCGCAAUCAUCUUCAUCAGCUGCUUCUUCCUCCACUGAUUCGGGUGGAAAGACAAAUGCUGCUUUGCCCGUGUAUUCAGUUUCAUUAAAUCACUUUUUCGGAGUGGUUUUAGCUUCCAUUGUGUCAAUUAUUUAA